GGAGGAGAGGGAGGGUUCCUGCUCAAUCUUUAAUACUGGCACCAACCCUUAACCUUCCCCAUUGGCCAAACCUCAGACAUUUUUUUUGGUUGAAAAAAGUACACAAACAAGCUUCAGAACACUUGAAAACUCAGUAUCAAAGGGCCCCUCACCCUGAAACAGCAACUGCUCACCUCUCUCACUGCAAAAUGUCCCAAAUGAUGACUGUGCAGAAGUCAUGCACUAUUAUUUCUGGUGGUCCAAAAUGACAGCCAGCAUGAAGGACCGGGGAAGUGUUGCACCACUGAAAACUGAAGGAGCUGAAAUCUGAAUAGUGUGCUCCUAUGGGCUCCAGAGUGUAUCUGCUCCAAUUGUGGGUAUGCUUAAGGGAAGACAGUUUCAAAUAUCUAAACUUUUGACACUGAGGAGUUGACCCUGUCUCAAUCACUCUUUCAGCCAAGGGUCACAAACUUCACCUAUACCACCCUUAGCUUUGAGUUCUCUCUGAAUCAAUACCUUUUAUCUGUCACAAUGGUGUCAGAGAGCCUCAUGAUCCUUUAUGAGGAUGAUUCAGUAGAAGUGCACUAUAUGGAUCGUUCCAGAUUGCUCCUUUCUCCUUGUGGAUCUGAAUUUUUAUUUGAAAAGGCAGUUCCUGCCUCUGCCCAUCCCAUGCAGCCUCCAGAGAGGGUUCGUCAGAGGACACAGUUUGCUAUUAGCAUUUAUCGGUCACAGCUUUUGCGAGCAAUAGAUUUCCGGAAUCAAUACUCUGAUCGUCCCUGUUUACCUUCAAGUAUUAUACCUGCUGAAAGGAAGAAUGUUCUUUUCACAGAUAUCUCUGAAGCCAAGUGGCCCAGUCCUGAUAAUGCUGAAGGGACAAUAACUGUGCAGAAUGGCAACGUGACAGUCUCUUCUUUAGAUGGCCACACAUGCCUCUUCUUACCAGAGCUUCAGCGAACGUUUAGAGUGGAGUUUUCAUGCAAAGUUAGUCAGACGCUUUCAACAUCAUUAUCACCUUUGGAGAAGAACUGCAGUAAAUUGAUCCAGGGUUGUUCUAGAAGAUCCAACCAAAAUUCUGUGUUAAAAUUGUCUUCUCAGCAGCUGACAAUAAAAGAGAAGGACGACAUCCCUAAUGCAGAAAAUCCUGUUCAAGAAAGCAGUUCAAGAUGUAUGAGACAAGAUGAGAUUCCAGGGGCUUUCCAGACCUCAUCUGAAUAUUGUAGGAUUACACAGCAUAUGUCCGUGUCCUCCUGCCCCAAAGAAUGGAAGUACCCUUUGUCACUGGCAUUUAAGUUUUAUCAGUCAGCUCAAUCUAACAAAGCAAACGAAGAUGAUGGGAAUAUAGGUCAUGAUUGUUCCGAGUGGGACAUGUCUAAGGCAGUCACUUAUUUACCCUCAGCUUUACCUCUCAGCUGUCAUGCUCCAUAUCUGCACAGGUGGAAUUUCAACGAUUUCUUCCAACCGAAACAGGAAGAUAAUGAAUGUUAUUUGCACUCUCAGCCAAUCAAAGUUCUGUGGAACAAGGAUGUCAUUUACAGAUUUUUUCUUAGAACUAAAAGCAUAGAAAUUUACCCUGGUGAUGGAUCAGUUUUCAAAUCAGAAGGUUCCUGUUGGGGAAAAUAUUUCACUCGCUAUUAUAUCAAGGAGCAAAUAAAACAGAGAGAAGAAACUAUGUAUUCUGUAAGCAAUCUGCCUCCUGAUACACCUGGGAACCUCUACUCUGUGUGGGCCAUUAUUACACAAGCAAUCAGAGUUUUUCAACAUGAUCUUGACAACAUGCUUUCGUUAACUCAUAAUUACAGUGUUUGCUGCUGGAAGAUGUCUCCUGAAACAGGUGGAAGAGAAAUGCUACCAGUCCCUUUGGCUUCAAAGAUUUUUCCUAAUGUGGGAAGAUUUUUUGCGUACUCAGAUAAUAACGUACAUGCUGUUUUUUAUGAUGGAAUGAUUCUGAAUAUGAUGUGGGAUUUUAAUUCUCAUGAUGAAGAAUCACAGAUACCUCAAGAUGCUAUCACAGGCUGGUGUAAACUGACUUCUCCUGAAGGAGCACAGCAACUUAUCCAGAUAGAUCAACCUGGGCUUUAUGAAAGAUACAUUACAACAGUGGUAGAGUGGUGCAGAAACUUGAAUGAAGACAAAGAGAAAUGCCUCGAUAUAACACAGCAUGUUCCUGAAGAAAACUGCUUUGACUUAUGGCAACCUCAUAGGUCUGUUGCUGCUGAACUUGAAAAAAUAAAAAGAUUCAAUUUUUUAGUGGAGAACAGCAAUAUUCCAAGUAUGGUUCCUGCUGAGAAAAGAAUUCCAUCCUCCAACAAAAAUAGGCAGAACAAUUCAGAAGCAAAGCUUUUAUCUGAGGAUAUUGGUGAGAAGAGUAUAGCUGAAACACUACACAGAACUUCAAAGAUUAUCAAUGAUAUUGACUCUAUUUUAUCUUCCUCCACAAAGCAAAACAUGGCCAAAAGUAUUUCACACAACACUGGUUGACCUGCAAAGAAAAAAAGAAAUCAAGCCUCCACAGUCAGGCAAUAGAAUGGUUUGUCUUAGUUUAGUUACUUCAUAAAUAAUCAAAGCAUCUUAAUAGUAGAACCAAAGAUUGGAGGAUUUAUUUUUAUAAUGUCAGAAGUGACUUUUUAAAAAUAUCUCUGUAAUGAAUUAAUUAAAAAAUGUAAAAGUUAAUCAUAAUUUUCCUCAUAUAUGAAAAUCUUGCUGCACUGACUGAAUUUUCAGAUUGGUAACAUGGUUUUCUGAUAGUGAAAAUAUCAAUGAAGACUGCAGGAAAAAAAUCUGCAACUGUUAGGAAGAUAAUUCCUAGACAUCUGGUCAGCUAGGUCACAACAUUUUACUCAACUUUCCAUUCUGGAGACAGAUUGUCAAGCAAACAUAUCACAAAGUUCCCUCGUCACUUUUUAUAUUUGUGCCCCUGCAAGAGACGUGUCCCAGUUUCACUGCAUGACAUGAGGUUUAUCCUUAUUCAUUCAUCACUUGGAUCUCCAUCAGUUCAUCAGUUGUUGGAACCAUGUUUUUAACUAAAUGGAUAUUACUAAUAAAACCUUGCAAAAUUAAACUGUUGAAUAUCCUAUAUAUAUAAAUCAGCAGGAACAGACGCCAUACAAAUAGAGCUGCUUCAAGCUACAGAGACAGAAUCUGCUCUAGUUCUAACUAAAAUCUGUGAACAAAUAUGGAAAACUAAGCAAUGGCCCACAGAUCUGAAAUGUUCAAUAUACAUAUACUCCAAUACCCAAGAAAUGGGACACCAAAGGUUGUUACUACAGGACUAUUGCAUUAAUUUUCGAUGCCAUCAAAGUGAUAUUCAAAUUUAUACAACAAAGACUUUUACCAUAUACAGAGCAAAACAUUUGAUUUUUCUGAUGCAUAACCUGUACUCAGGACAGGAGGCUAAUGUUAGGACAGAAUAUGAAAACUUUUGCAAUUGAUGAAGGGCUCAAGCAAGGCUAUAUUUUAUCAUCAUAUCUGUUUAACUUAUUACACUGAACAUAGAGCAACAUUUAUUUAUGAUGCCCUUUUCACCAAAGGGUGGAACAUCAAACACAAUCAAGAACAAGACAAAUUUAAGCAUGAAUGCAUGACUAGUUACCUAAGAUUGUGAAUGGAGGUAUGCAUCCCACUUAAACGGUGUCAUAUGUAAAGCAGGAUCAAACUCAUAAGGAGGUAUGAAAAUUGGAGGAACAUCAACAAUUGAAGAUAUGCAGAGAGCAUCAAACUGCUGGAAGAAAAUAGCAAAGAUUACUGAAGAAAACCAAAAAAUAAAAUGCAAAGGCAGGUUUACAGUUGAACAUUUAAAAAAUGACCACAGGUGAUUUACAUAACUUUAAAGUAGACAGUGAAGAAAAAACCCACAAAAAACUAUAGACAAUUAAGACAUUAAAAUAGCGAAAGAUUUUUCAUAUCUUGGUUCAGUCAUUAAUCAAAAAGGAGACAUGACUUCCAGGAGAGGCUGUUGUGAAAUAUUUACUUUUUUUAUUAAUAACAACCGCACUGGCCUUUUAUUACAGUCCACAGGCCAUUUAGGCAACACAUUAAAUAUUGUACAUAAACAUAUUAAAAUAGCUCUGUAA